AUGUCUCCACCUUUCACUGUUAGUUUCUGUUUGGCUUUCUUUUGCCUUCCGCUGCUGUGCGACGCAUGUCCAGCCCAGUGCAGUUGCUUUUUUCACAAACUAAGCGAUGGAUCGAAAGCCAGGAGUGUGCUUUGCAAUGACCCAGAGAUUACUGCGAUCCCUCCAAAUUUCCCCACUGACACCUCCAAACUGCGUAUUGAAAAGACAGCCAUCACAAGGAUUCCAAGCGAGAACUUCCACUACCUCAACAGCUUGGAGUUUUUAUGGAUGUCUUUUAAUUCCUUGAAUUAUCUGAGCACUGACGGUUUCCGGGGCCUGUACAACUUGGAUGAGCUGAGGCUGGAUGGUAACGCCCUUACCUCUUUUCCUUGGGAAUCUCUGACCGAUAUGGCCAGCCUGAGGCUUCUCGAUUUACACAACAACAAGAUCUCGUCUAUCCCCGCUGAGGCAACCAUGUACAUCAAGAAUAUUACAUAUCUGGACUUAUCUAGCAACAGCCUGUCAACUGUUCCUGCUGAGGCCCUUACAAUGUGGCUGAGCGUGAAGCCAUCCCAAGACACUGAUUCCUCCAAACUAAUUCUGGGGCUCCAUGAUAACCCAUGGCUGUGUGACUGCCGGCUGUAUGAGCUGGUCCAGUUCCAGAAGUCGCCCUCCUCCUCUGUGGCUCUCAUUGACACCAGGUUGAAGUGCGCCGACCCGGAGAGCUUGUCGGGGGUGCUCUUCACUGAGGUGGAGCUGCAGCGAUGCCAGGGGCCCCGUGUCCAUACUGCAGUGGCGCGCGUUCGAAGCUCUCUGGGCAAUAAUGUUCUCCUGCGUUGUGGGACCAUUGGAGUCCCUAUCCCUGAACUAUCAUGGACUCGUGCUGAUGGCAAGAAAAUGAACGGCACCGUUCAGGAAGAGAUUUCGAAGGAGGGAAUCAUUUGGUCCAUCCUUAGUGUGCCGGCUGUCUCCUACCGUGAUUCUGGAAAAUACGUUUGCAAAGCCACCAACUUUGUGGGGACUGCGGAUGCCAUCAUCUCCUUGGUAAUCACAGAUUCCUUUAGGUCAGAGGAAACAGGCGGCAGCUCCAAGAGAACAAGAGGGAAAAAAACCAGUGGUUUUGGAAAGGCGGCAUACCAGGAGAAACUGAUCGCCAGAUAUGUACCUCCACCAAGCACCACGGCUGCCCAGCCGAUCAUUGAACCGCUCAAUGGCAAAGGCGCCACUGGGAAGUAUGAAAUUGAAAGCUACAGCAUCUCUGCUGAUGUUGUAGCGCAACCAAAUGGCGCAUCCAACCCACCGAGGCCGAAGGAGUUGAAGGAUGCUCUGAGUAACCUGGCAGCUAAUGCCUCAUCCUUACAACAAGCCCCGGAGAAAAGAACAGUGCGUUCAGUAAAGGUGAUCGGUGACACUGACCACACUGUGUCCCUCAACUGGCGGGCCCCAACGGCCACCAACACCACAGAAUUUAGCGUCCUGUAUGCUAUAUUUGGCGAGAGGGACAUGCGACGGAUCAAUGUCGCCGCAGGGAAGAACCGGAUCACCAUUGACGGGCUUGUGCCAAAGACAAAGUACAUUGCCUGUGUCUGCGUUAAAGGCCUGAUCCCAAAAAAGGAGCAGUGUGUAAUCUUCUCAACUGACGAGGCAGCCAGCGCCAGCGGCACCCAGAAGCUCAUUAAUGUGGUGGUGAUAACUGUGGCAUGUGUGAUCGCUGUCCCCCUGACACUGAUCGUGUGCUGCGGGGCUCUGAAGAAGCGCUGCCAAAAGCUGCUGGGGAGGCAGUCCAAAGAGAUACAAGACUCCUAUGUCACGUUUGAGACCCUCUCCCCUGGUGCCAAAGCCAAAGGGAUGGAGGGGGAGUAUCUGACCAGGCUGAACCCCGACGAAUCCAACAGGCUGCUCUCCGCCAGGUCCAGUGUGGACUCAGAGGCCACGGCCAGGACUGAAGGGGCGCCAAACGAAUACUUCUGCUGA